AUGACUUCUGCUUCAUCAAAGAAAAUUUGCUUCACCAUUCAAGUUUGGAUUUUAUCAUCUUUCAGAAAUGAGCUAGCUGCACAUAUUGAGCAACCUUCCCCAGGCAACGGGGAUGAGUCCCAGUACAUCUAUGAAGGAGAAAGCCAACUGAAGCGAGCACGAUUUGAUCACUCAGCUAUUUCCGACUCCAUCCUAAUCCCCACUCCCUCUGCCCGCUUCAUGGAAGCAAAUUUGUUGGGUGAAAUGCAACCUAGAGACCCGGUUUCACCAACUUUUAUGAUGGAACAGCCGACACAGGCCACCGGGAGGCCACAAACCAAGAGAGCUCGAAAUGAUAAGGCUUCGAUUCUGGAGAACAAUGGACAAGUUGAUGAUACCCCAAAGCCCCAAUUCCACAAGAAGGAAGGAUUCUGGAAGCACCUCCAAAUCCAUUCCGACAAUGAGCUCAACCAAGCUUUUGGAAAAAUGCUGACCCCUGAUCGCCCCAAGAGUGAUGUAUCAACUGUAUAUGAUCUUACCCGCUUACCAGAAAGGGAGUUGGAAGCUUCACUUCACACAAUCCAAGAUUUAAAAUAUGGCCAUCUUGCUUAUCAAUACCAAAAAUACUACCAAGUUACUAUCUACUAUUUAUAUCAAGAAACUGAAGGCUUAUCGAGAUAUCUUGGAUUAAGUAGAAUAGGUGAACAUCCAUUUGCACUGGUCCCUAUGCUCAAUCGAAGUAUGGAAGAUUACAAGUCAUUGAACCUCCGGACCACACACAGGACUACCAGCAGCUACAACUUUGGCUCUUUGGAGAGAUAUUCAAUCCAGAACAUGGCUUUCCUGUCUUGGGCAAAACCAAAAUAA